AUGAAGUCCGAGCCUUCAUAUCGGGAAUGCAGUACGUAUUGGAUGCCGUGGUGGUUGGCCGGUGCGGUGGUCAUUGCCCUCGACGGCUCACCCGAUGGCGAGAUCGAGGGCCGAUUCAUAAAGGGAUUAUAUCGCAUUCUGAGGCGAAAGGGUCUGCCAGAUUAUGCCCUGCCCAAGCUUAUGGCCGUUACAAAUGAGCUUGCGGCGGUUGGCGACACGUUCAAGCACGCCAACCAGAGUUUUAAGGGCAUAGACUGGAGUGCGGCCGCCUCGGACAAGGGUACACGGAAGUACUGGCUCGAUUCUGAAGCUAAGACGUACUGA